AUAAAGGAGGAAGGGGAGCAGACCUUUGCAUGCACUGGCUGCAACUCCUGACAAAUAUCUAUCUCUCAAGAAUUCUCCCAUGGCUUCAUCCUUUUCAGUGCCUUCAAUGAUAAUGGCGGAAGAAAGCAGAUUUGAAGCGGAAGUUGCCGAGGUGCAAGCAUGGUGGAACACCGAGAGGUUCAAGCUUACCCGCCGCCCUUACACUGCUCGCGAUGUCGUCUCCCUCCGUGGCACCCUCCGCCAAAGCUAUGCCUCUAACGAGCUCGCAAAGAAACUUUGGAGCACUCUCAAGACCCACCAAGCCAACGGCACCGCCUCACGGACCUUCGGCGCUCUUGACCCAGUCCAAGUCACCAUGAUGGCCAAGUACCUCGACACCAUCUACGUCUCCGGCUGGCAGUGCUCCUCCACCCACACCACCAGCAACGAGCCCGGCCCUGACCUUGCCGACUACCCUUACGACACCGUCCCAAACAAGGUCGAACACCUCUUCUUCGCGCAACAGUUCCAUGACCGCAAGCAGCGAGAGGCUCGGAUGAGCAUGAGCCGCGAGGAACGGGCACGCACCCCUUACGUCGACUACUUCAAGCCUAUCAUCGCCGACGGUGACACGGGCUUUGGCGGUGCCACCGCUACCGUGAAGCUCUGCAAGUUAUUCGUCGAGCGGGGCGCGGCCGGAGUUCACAUCGAAGACCAGUCAUCGGUCACCAAGAAGUGUGGUCACAUGGCCGGAAAAGUCCUUGUAUCGGUCGGCGAACACAUCAACCGGCUCGUGGCGGCGCGACUGCAGUUCGACAUCAUGGGCGUCGAAACCGUCUUGAUCGCGAGAACUGAUGCAGUUGCUGCCAAUUUGAUCCAAACCAACGUGGAUUCCAGGGACCACCAGUUCAUUCUUGGUUGCACCAACCCACAUCUCAAAGGGAGGAGUUUGGCCGGUGCGUUAGCUGAGGCGAUGGCAGUCGGAAAGAAUGGCCCUGAGCUUCAGGCCAUCGAGGACGAGUGGCUGUCGAUGGCCAAACUAAAGACCUUCUCCGAGUGCGUCGAGGACGCAAUCAACAGCCUCAACAUCCGCGAAGACGAGAAGCGCCAAAGACUCGACGAAUGGGCGAAUCGCUCGGGUUAUGAUAAGUGCCUGUCCUAUGAGCAAGGGAGGGACGUAGCUGCGAGGCUCGGCCUUGAGAACCUCUUCUGGGACUGGGACUUGCCCAGGACCAGAGACGGCUUCUACAGGUUCAAAGGCUCAGUCAUGGCGGCGGUUGUCAGGGGCUGGGCUUUCGCACCCCACACCGACCUGAUAUGGAUGGAGACGUCGAGCCCCGACUUGGUUGAAUGCACCAGGUUCGCCGAGGGAGUGAAGUCGAAGCACCCGGAGACGAUGCUGGCCUACAACCUCUCGCCGUCGUUCAAUUGGGACGCAUCGGGCAUGGCCGAUGACCAGAUGAGGGACUUCAUUCCUCGGAUCGCGAAGCUGGGCUUCUGCUGGCAGUUCAUAACACUGGCCGGGUUCCAUGCUGAUGCACUGGUGGUGGAUACCUUUGCCAGGGACUUCGCCAGGAGGGGGAUGUUGGCCUAUGUGGAGAGGAUUCAGAGGCAGGAGAGGAACAACGGGGUGGACACUUUGGCUCACCAGAGAUGGUCCGGUGCUAGUUACUAUGACAAGGUGCUGAAGACCGUGCAGGGUGGGAUCACCUCCACCGCAGCCAUGGGCAAAGGUGUCACCGAGGAACAAUUCCAAGAAACAUGGACUGAAAAUGGAGUCUUGAGCAUGUCUGAUGCCAAUGGCAUUGUGCUGGCCAAGUCUAGAAUGUAGGACCAAGUUGCCGAAGCCAUGAGAAGAACUUCCAGCAUGGAUCUAAAGGAUUCCAUGGUUCUGUUGCUUCGUUUCAGUGCAUGUCGUAACCAGAUUUGAAUAAAUUGUGUAAUCACUAAUAACUCAGUGGAGAUUGGGCUUAUUAUUUUUUAUGUUAAGCCUUAAUUAUCUGAA